AUGAUAUUAGAAGGGUUAGAGGUAUCUGUAUCAGCUGUUGAUGUAUCUGAAUUUGUAGUAGACCAGCAAAAUAAUGUUGUUACUAAAUCAACAGAGGAUAAGAUAAUAGAUGAUUAUUUGCUUAAGCAAAUACUGAUGUCAGAGGUGUUACCAGAGAUAACUGAU